UCACCGCCGCCGCCGCCGCCCCCGCCCGCCCUGUUCUCUGUCUGGUCGGGCCGGGCCCGGCCGGUUCCGCGAGCGCCCGGCAGAGACUGAGGGAGAGAGAGAGAAAGAUGAGGAGGGGAGGAGGAGGAGGAGGAGGAUUCAGGGAAUAGGAGCUGGGGAGCCCUGCUGCGCCACAGAGAAUUUCCAAACACUUGGGGAAAAUAGGAAAGCUAUCAGAAAGGCAGUGGCACCAUUAUACUGUCCUCUUGUUCCAAAAAGACCACUCUUUUAUGCUGAAACUCUGUUGACCCAGGAAAUCUGCCUUUACCCUUCAAAUAAGUUCUGGCGGACCUGAAGCUUUCAGACAGAGUCAAAGGGACCUUGAACUUCUGGUUUUGGUAUUUGGUGCUUUGCCAGAAGCAAACUCAGGCGAUCUCUGUUUCUUCCUUCUUCUUUGCAUCCUAUUUGCCAACCACAACUUGUAUUUGGAGAACUUUGUUGUACCAACUUUGAAGUCUUUGACCUGUAACAAGAGCAUGCGUUUUCAAGUGGCAGUUAGAAUUGUGGAUCAUUAAAGGUCUCCUGAAAGGUAGUCACUUUUGAUGACAUUGUCUGGUUUUCACAAUGUAUCAUUCCUUAUCUGAAACUAGACAUCCUCUGCAGCCAGAAGAACAAGAAGUGGGCAUUGACCCCUUGUCGAGUUACUCAAACAAGACUGGAGGAGAUUCAAAUAAAAAUGGAAGAAGAAGUUCUACUUUAGAUUCUGAUGGGACUUUUAAUUCCUAUAGGAAAGAAUGGGAAGAACUAUUUGUAAACAACAAUUACUUGGCAACAAUAAGGCAGAAGGGGAUUAAUGGGCAGCUGAGAAGCAGCAGGUUCCGCAGCAUUUGCUGGAAGCUAUUUCUUUGUGUUCUUCCUCAAGAUAAAAGCCAGUGGAUAAGUAGAAUUAAAGAAUUAAGAGCAUGGUAUAGCAACAUUAAAGAAAUACACAUCACAAACCCAAGGAAGGUUGUUGGCCAGCAAGAUUUGAUGAUCAAUAAUCCCCUUUCACAGGAUGAAGGGAGUCUUUGGAAUAAAUUUUUUCAAGAUAAAGAACUUCGAUCAAUGAUUGAACAAGAUGUCAAAAGAACAGCACUCUGUGGAGCAAACAGGAGAUGGAAACAUUGGUUUCCUGAAAUGCAGUUUUUCCAACAAGAAAAUGUGAGAAAAAUUCUUACAGAUGUUCUUUUCUGUUAUGCUAGAGAAAACGAGCAGUUGCUUUAUAAACAGGGCAUGCACGAGCUGUUAGCGCCUAUAGUCUUUAUCCUCCAUUGUGACCACCAAGCUUUUCUUCAUGCCAGUGAGUCUGCCCAACCAAGUGAGGAAAUGAAAACUCUCUUGAACCCCGAGUAUCUGGAACAUGAUGCCUAUGCAAUGUUCUCACAACUUAUGGAAACUGCCGAACCUUGGUUUUCUACUUUUGAGCAUGAUGGUCAAAAGGGGAAAGAAACACUGAUGACUCCCAUCCCCUUUGCUAGACCACAGGAUUUAGGGCCAACAAUUGCUAUUGUUACCAAAGUUAACCAAAUCCAGGAUCAUCUACUGAAGAAGCAUGAUAUUGAGCUUUAUAUGCACUUGAACAGACUAGAAAUCGCACCACAAAUAUAUGGGCUACGGUGGGUCCGGCUACUGUUUGGACGAGAGUUCCCCCUGCAGGAUCUUCUGGUGGUCUGGGAUGCCUUGUUCGCAGAUGGCCUCAGCCUGAGUUUAGUUGAUUAUAUCUUCAUAGCCAUGUUACUCUACAUUAGAGAUGCUUUGAUCUCUAGUAACUACCAGACCUGUCUUGGCCUUCUGAUGCAUUACCCACUAAUUGGGGACGUACACUCACUAAUUCUUAAGGCUCUGUUCCUUCGAGAUCCAAAGAGAAAUCCAAGACCAGUGACUUACCAAUUCCAUCCAAACUUAGAUUAUUACAAAGCACGUGGAGCAGACCUCAUGAAUAAAAGCCGGACCAAUGCCAAAGGUGCUCCUCUGAAUAUAAAUAAGGUCUCUAAUAGCCUGAUUAAUUUUGGAAGAAAGUUGAUUUCUCCAGCAAUGACCACCCCAAGCAGUGCAAGUGGCCCUGUACCAGCAGGUGGUGGUGGCAGCUCUUCCACUACUGUGGUCUCCACCAGGACCUUAGCAGAGGUCCCCAGGCAUCAUUUGCAACAACAGCAGCAGCAACAACAGCAGAGACUGAUGAAGUCAGAAAGCAUGCCUGUGCAAUUGAACAAAGGCGAUGUAGUUACAGGAAGCGAUGCUCAGGUUUCUGUUCCCGUCCAGACUCUAACUGACCUCCAAGGACAAAGUUCUAAAACCAUCAGUUCCUCCCCAAGCACUGAAAGUUUGCCUGGAGGAAGAGAAUUCACUGGCUCUCCACCUUCAUCUGCUACUAAAAAAGAUUCCUUCUUCAGCAACAUCUCCCGUUCCCGCUCACACAGCAAAACUAUGGGCAGAAAAGAAUCUGAGGAAGAAUUAGAAGCCCAGAUUUCCUUCCUUCAGGGACAGUUGAAUGACCUGGAUGCCAUGUGCAAAUACUGUGCAAAGGUGAUGGACACUCAUCUUGUAAAUAUUCAAGAUGUGAUAUUACAAGAAAAUUUGGAAAAAGAAGAUCAAAUUCUGGUUUCUCUGGCAGGAUUAAAACAGAUCAAAGACAUUCUUAAAGGUUCCCUGCGUUUCAACCAGAGUCAGCUGGAAGCUGAGGAGAAUGAACAGAUCACCAUCUCAGAUGACCACUACUGCUCCAGUGGCCAAGGCCAGGGCCAGAGCGACCAAAUGCCUAGGACCACCAAGCAGGCCUCUUCAGAAACACCAGGGCACAUGGACAGAGGGAGUGCAGACGACUUCAUCCUGGUCUCCAAAGAAGAUGAGGGGGGCAGUGCCAAGGGGUCCUUCUCAGGCCAGGCCCAGCCUCUUCGCACCCUCCGCAGCACCUGUGGGAGAAGUGAGCCCCUGGCCCGUUCACCUCUGGUGUUCUCUGACCCUCUGAUGGGCCCCUGCCUCGGCUUCCUCCAGCAACCCCAGCUCCAGCCCUGAUGAGGACAGCAGCAGCAACAGCAAGGACUCUGGCUUCACUAUUGUGAGCCCCCUGGACAUCUGACCACAGGGCCCCUGGUCUCUUCUGUGGGGAUUGGGCGCCCCCCUCAACAGCCCCAGGGCCCAGCUGAGGCUUCCUCAGCAGGAGACCCCUCUGAAACCAACACUCCUUUCUCAGCAUGCCUGUGGCCUUAGUACAACCCAUCGGAACCCUCUAGAGAGAGGCAGAUGGCCACAGAGCACACAGGCUGAUGGUCCCCAAAUGCAGACAGGGCUUUCUGGGCCCUUUCUGCAUCCCACCUCACAUUUGGUCUGAGGUAGACCGGGGUUAAGUAUCCGGUAUCAGGCUCACUGUCAAAAAAAGACCAAACCAAAUGAGAAUCACUUUUCCUCUGUCCCCUUCUCCCCAGCUAAGAAUUAGGUAUGGCAGCCCCAUCUGUUAUAACUAGAAGAAGGAAGAAGAGUUGGUUUCAAAUCUUCCCUCCCUCGGACCAUCAGGCAUAGGAAAAUUGACAUCAAGAAGGCUUUCUCUCUGGAAAUCUGUAUCUCAGCCUAUUUCAUUCCUCCUUUGGGAAGCCAUACAGCAGAGCCAAAUACAACAGAAUGGACCACAACUGGUGGAUUCCAGGGCUGGAGAAAACCCGUCACUGACCUCUCAGAAAGUUACAAUGAUCUUUAGAAACAGGGUUAAACUUAGGAAUUCUGUUUAGGUGUGAUGGGGUCUAGAUUUCUUCAUUUGUUAAAGAGUAUACUUCCAAACCUCAGGCCAGAUGGACUCUGGCCAUCGCUGUCCCUCCUCAGAUGAUUGUAUUUCACCCUUUAGUAUCUUUUACAACCAGAAAACAAGGUCACAUUAAGCCAGUCUUUGCUGCACUGAUUUCAAAAGUCAUAAGAAUAUGACUUCCUGGAGAAAAUGUGACCUUGACUGUGGGACAGACAUCUCAGUAAUUUUCUGGUAGAGUUUCUGUAGUUUUGGCGCUGGAACACACCUGUCACCUGUCAGUUGAGAAGGAGAGGGAAAAACCCAAGCUCCUUCCCAUCCAGAGUCAGGAUCUCCCAUUGGCCUUAAAGUAACAGUAAUAGGAGUCCCUUCUGGGGGAGCAGGGCUUCCCACAGAACACUCCAGAUGUCAGGAAGGUGCAGGAUUUCUGCACAGCCCUUCCCUCGCUGGGUGCCAGGCACAGGAGCUGCAGGGCGUGGGUUCACUUGCGCCCUGUGUCCCAGGCACCCCCGCCAGGGCAGGACCAGCUCUCACACGCUUCAGCACAUGAUAGAGAUUUCCCCCUUUUGGUCGGCAGCUCAUGGAAUCGUGCUGGACAGAGUCCCAGGAGUGGUUUCUCUCCUUGAGAAGAAAAGCCAUGAAAAGGACACUUGUCCCUGUGCUUUGCUCAAACAGGCAUUCUAACAGGAGCUCCGGAGCGCCCUUUCGCCUCCCCUGGGGGCAGCCCCCGCCCUGCAGUGACCACUGCUCCGCUCGGGGCUUCUCCUCUAAGGACGGCAAGGCCUGUGGGCAGUGGAAGCUUUCAUGCGAACCAGUGGAAAGCUAAGUUUGGAAGAACACACACCGUUUACAGUCCUUCCCUGUUAACCGUGUAGUUCUCCGCAGUCUGAUAACACCCUGAUUCCCCAUGUGCUCUCCAAGAAUGCAGUGAUGACUCGGAGUCAGCUGCUGCACAGAAGGUUCCAGUUAGCUCUACAGUUUGCUCUCAGCCUCUAGCGGGAGAAUCUGUGAACACGUGAGCAUGGAAGAUGAAUAAUAACUCUGCUUUUGCUCAAGUGACAGGGUUGCUGGGCUCUCCGUGAUUCCUCCAAGACCUGCUGCUGAGCUCCCUGGCUCCCUGAUGGAGUGGUCUGCUCAGCACGCCCUGGGGGUGACUCACUGACUUAGUUACUGCCAAGUAUGUGUCGCUCGCCUUGAGGACACUUUGUUCGCUUCCUAGGCCCCCCUACAGUGACUGGCCUUGCAGCUGCGCACAGUUGCCAUUAUUUUCUCUCAGAUGACCUGGCUCGGCAAGUUGUGUUUUCAGUUCUAAGGUGAGAAGUGUGGGGCUGCCCUCGCCAGCGCUCCAAGACCCGAGCUGGAAAGGGCCAUGGAGAUGGCUGUCCCUGGGCAGUGGGUCACAGCCAUCUGCUCACUUUCAGCAGUUCCUUCACCCUGAGAGCUAGAGUCCUGAUAGUCCAGUGUCACCGGGCACACAGUAGCCUCCAGACACCCGCCAACCUGACGAGGCUCUAGGCUCCUUCCCUGCAGGUGGCUAGAUGUUUAGUGGUCCCAGAAAUCUCCCAGUGCUCCAGCACACAAGGGGCGGGUCCCUCCAUUCUGUGCUUCCAUGUUGGUGCCACGUGAGACCCAGUGGGGUCACUCAGAGGUGUUGCUUCUGUGGUCCCCAACAAGCCCCUCCCUCCUCAGAGGAAAGAAACACGAGGGUGGGUGGGAGGUGGGCAGUGCCACCCUCAAAUCCUCAUAGGUCCGUGGGGGUUUGAGAAUUGUAUUACUCUCUUAAUCUUUUUGAAUGACUUGUUUUUAUUCUGCAUACUUGAGCAUCGUUUGCAUUUUUAUUAGUUACAGUGCUAUUAAAGAAUGUUUUUUUAUUAUUUUAUCAGGUACUUAACGUUUAAAUGCACAUUUUUUUAAAAUCCUGAAUAUAUGAAAUCUUUUUGUUUUCCUUUAACAAGUAUAAUCAGUGGAGCCCUCUCAUGUUUUGAUUAUUAACAGUUAAAUAUGUUAUAUGUGUAAAGCUUAGAUGAAUUCUCAUCGUCAUCCACUUUUUUAAUACAUGUGCCUGUGUUUCAUGCAUUCCUCUCCAAUCAGUUUGGAAAUUUGAGUUAAAAUUUACCUCUACAUUGCGUCUGAGAGCUACAGAUUAGAGAAAGAAAGUCGUCAUGACUUUGCCUUACCUUUUGUAUAUGCCCAGGGGUCAUGAUAACACUUUAAACAUUUAAUUAUACUGGAUUAUUCUUCCAAAGAUGGCCUCCUGCUAAUGCUCACCACUAACUGCAAUCUGGUAAGAAAUCAUAUCACUGCAGAUUGAGUGUGACUAAAAAUAAACCCAGGCCUCCCUGUGCUUUGCCGUCUCUGCAUCCGACCAAGCGCAGUCCCGUGCGUGGGUCCUUGGGGGCAGGUUGCCCACCACCCACGCGUACGAUUCCUCCACUUUGUCAGGGACGAAAAGCAAACCUAAAACUUGGUGGCAGUUACGUUGUCUGUGGAUGAUUGAUAGGUCACCUGCCAGAGUUGACUCACAUUUACUCUUUUUUUAUUAAGAAACCGCCCGGUGGGGUUGUUACAGAACCCGAGUGUGUGUGUGGGGGGGACAGGGGCCCUCUGGGUGGCCGUUCCCGCCUCCCGUGUGUCCGAGCAGGGGAGAGGGCCAGGAUGAAUUGAGGGCAGCACCUGGGGAGCCGAGCCGGGCUUCCUUCUCACAGGCCAUUACUGCUCCCCCCUGUGUUACUUUCAAAAGCUCUUUUUAUCGUGUUGAAAAGAAAUAAAAAGUUCCUGUAAACAGGCUGGAGACCGCUUUGAUGUAGAAGUUGUCAUCAUCAUCUGUCUCACGACGGCACAGUUCACGUGACUCAUGGAAUACCCUGUUGUGCCAUCAUAUCCUGUUGCUCUGUUCUCGUUGUCUUCAGGCUGUUACUCACACUGACUUAAGAAACGACUUCUUUUGGCAAAGCGAUCCCAUUCCCUACGGUUAUAAUAAAAGACUGAUGUGAAACUGA